UUUCAUUUUUUUUUUCGUCGAACGUGUACACACGACAUAUAGCCUAUAUAGCGCGCAUUGUACAGGCAUAUAUAGAAGUAUAUAACAAGUUGCAUCACAAUUUUGAGACUCAGUCUUACGAAAGUGAACCAUCAGUAAACAACCAGGAAGAGAAAAAAAAUUAUUAAAAAAAAAAUAAAAACAAAUGAUUAAGAAUUUUUUUAAAAAAUAAAAAAAAAUUGUGGUUGUUUAAAAAAAAAAAAAUAAAUAAUUAAAUAAAAAAAUAUUUUUUUAAAAAAUAAAUAAAAAAUUAAAUUAAAACUUUAAAAAAAUAAACUGAACUGUGAGAAAAAGAGUGAUAAAAAAUUUAAAAAAAAAUUAAUUUAAUAAAAAAAAAUAAUUUUUAAAAAAAGACAUAAAAAGUGCCUGAAUGAGAAUUUACGCCAAAAAUUGAUAUCCUGAAAUGGAUUCGCCUCCUCAGAUGUACGACAAUACGAAUCAAUCUGCCUUAUCUCAGAACAUAGUGAAAAAGUCAAGUAUGGCUGCCAGUGCAAACAACAAUAACAUUUCAAACAACAACAAUAACAACACGACUGUAAAUAAUAACAAUCCUGCGACAGUGAAUCAAAAUACUCUGGCGCUUAAACAGCAGCAGGCGCAACAAUUACUUCAAAACGGAAGUCCAACGAACAAUGGAUUAAAUGGUACAAACCUCAACAGUAACUUAUUACUUCAGAAACAAAUGUUACAACAAAUGCAAUAUGGUCAGGGGGAUCUCGACGACUUAACCUCACAAGAGAUCUCGUUAGAUCUUCAAAACUUGAUCGAAGAUCAGUUCCGUGAUGGCGAUUCUUUGGGAGUUUUCGCUGAAAUGGUUUCCGUUGGCAGUACCAAUGGCAUCCUUCCAGCUGCGACAACUGCAGCUAAAGUCCUGCAACUCCAAUCGGCCCGUCAAAAUAACAAUAAUAACAAUAACAACAACAAUUCAUACCGAUCUCAACUUGCGUACAUGCCUCAACCAGUGCACACGGGCGCCACCUACAACAAUUCGAGUGAUGAGAACAGCAGUGUGGGAUCCGACAGUACAACGGUGAAGGAGGAACCUGUUGAUCCGAUCGAGAUGCGACGACAAGCGGCUCUUGCAGCGGCAAAUGGCAACGGAAACGCCCAAUUUGUGCACAAUGGAAACGGUUUAUACCAGAAUUACAAUCAAAACGGGAACAAUAAUAAUUUUACAAAUUUAACGCCGACCAGCGUAUUGCAUCAUCAGGGAUUACCGCAUAUUCCGGGUGCGCAUCUGGCGAACCUUAAACACAAACAGCUACUCCCAAACGGUCGAAAGCAACAACAAAAGAAUGUCGAUAAAGGCACGGACGAGUAUCGGAGACGGCGUGAAAGGAAUAACAUUGCUGUGCGUAAAAGUCGUGAAAAGGCAAAAGUUCGAUCGCGCGAAGUAGAGGAAAAGGUUAAGGCACUGCUCAAGGAAAAGGAUGCGCUCGUACGGAGACUCGAGGAGAUGAGCAACGAGGUGCACUUGCACAAACAAAUCUACAUGCACCUCAUGAGUCACAGCAAUCCGGAAAUCAAGCAAAUUUGCAGUAGCGUCUUGAAUCUAGUUAAUAUGAGCGAUCAUGGAAUGUAGGAGGUUAUUCACACUGAAUGUUUAUAAGUAUUCUUUAUUAUUUUUUUAUUUUUUGCAAGAAUGUAAAUUAAUACCGGUCCGUUAUUCAAAAUAUUGGAUCGAUGAUUGUAUAAAAAAUAUUUCGUGGCUAUUGAUAGGAAU